AUGGCAGCUCCUCAGACACAGCCGCAGGACCUCCAUGUCCUUAUCAUUGGGUCCGGUAUCACCGGGCUCGUUCUUGCCCAAGCAUUGAACCAGGCAGGCAUCCGGUACUCGAUCUUCGAAAAGGAAGUGGCAAUGAAUUAUCGGAGCAAUGAAUGGACGAUGGCAAUUCACUGGUCGCUUGACCGUCUGGAAAAGCUGCUUCCCGAGGACCGAUUUGCAAACAUGCUAGAGGUCUCCUGUAAUCCCGCGGUUCCUAUUGAUGCCGGUGGCAACUACCCCAUCAUUCACGGUGAGACUGGGAACCUGUUGGCAGGUGUGCCCUACGCUAAGGGCCUGCGCGUCCCUCGCAGUAAGAUGAGAGCGCUCUGCGCCAAAGGCAUUGACGUUCAGUAUGGAAAGAACCUGAUCGAUGUCGCCUUUAACGAGAGUGGACAAGGCGUAGUGGCCUUCUUCGAGGAUGGCACCGUCGUGUCUGGAUCAAUCCUUGUUGGUGCAGACGGUCCUCGGUCAACAGUCCGCAAUUUUGCCAUGGGCUCCACCGAAGCUGCUGCCGUUAGCCGGUUCCCCAUCUUUCACACCAAUAUGACCGUCACAUACGACGACGCCGACAAGGCUCGCUACGUCCGAGAGCGGUUCCCCACUAGCUAUCUGGCACUCAGUGAUCGAUCAUUCCAUGCAUUCCAGUCUAUAUCCAGUAUGCCAGAUGGUGUCGACCACCCCGAGUCUUGGAUUUUCCAUAUGGCGAUGGCGUGGUUCUCCGAUACUGAAAUACCUGCCUGCUAUCAAGAACGAGUUAAACUGAUCCGUCAAAAGGCCGAGGGAUUGGGAGAGCCUGCGCGGUCGGCAUUCACUUGGAUUCCCGACGACACUCAGGUCCACAAAGCAGAUAUAAGCUACUGGGCCACUCAGCCAUGGGACAACCGACAGGGCAGAAUCACUCUGGUCGGAGACGCCGCACACCCUAUGCCUCCCUACCGAGGCCAGGGGCUAAACCAUUGUAUCUGCGAUGUCUCUAAUUUGUUAGCUGGCGUCCAAGAAGUGAUGAGAGGACAAUCCACCCUACGAGAUGUGGUAGCGGCGUACGAAACUGAGCUAGUCCCACGUGGACGGGAGGAGGUAAAGUGCUCCGUGGAGAACGGGUAUAUGUUGCACGACUGGGAGAAGGUGAGAGAAAGCCCAGUUUUCAGGAAUGGGUUCAAACCCAUGGACGGCCAUGAUAAGGUGGCUUCCGUUGAGGUGGCUGUGCCAGUGGGACAAGUCGCUGCCAAUUGA